CCAGCCGCACACCCCUCUCACUCUCUCUCUCCCUCUAAAAAAUCCAGAACCCCUUCUCUCUCUAAAGAAACUUUGAUCUCCGUCCAUUCUCCUUCCGGUCGACUACGCCUUCAUCGAUCUUAGUCGUGUCGGCCUCAGCCUCCCCGGCAACGGACUCACCAUCGCCCUCAACCGCUAAACCCGCAACAGCCUUGACAUCGCCAACCGCCUCGCCAUCGCUUGCAACCGCCUCGCCAUCAACCGCAACUGCCUCGCCAUCGCCUGUACGCGUUCACCGCCAUCGGCUGCAGCCGCAUCGCCAUCACCGGUAGUGAUUCGAUAAAACCAGAUCUGGGAAGAGGUUGCCGUUCGAUGGAGAGAAACGAGCAUGCGCCGCCCUUACUUACGCCGCCCUUGCCUGCGUUGGCUUCCCACCACUACUGUCGUCGAUCGCUCACGGAUAGCAUGCCGGGAAAAAAUGAGAACUUUUUGUUAAUCUAUAUUAUUAUUUGAUUAGUAGUGAUUUUGGGUUUGUAGUGAUUUGUGGAAUAGUGAUUUUCAUAUGUAUUAGCAGUUGAGCAGUCAUAUUUGUACGACAGUAGUGUUUUUUUCUUUGAUGUGUAGUUAUUCCAGUAGUGGUUUACUCCUACCUAAUCGUAUUAGUAGUGAUUAUGUUAUCAUUACUUUCUAAAGUUCACCCAUCAUGAGUAACUUAAAAUUUCUAAAUCACUACUAGUUACAAUUAAAUCACUACAAGAACAAAUAAAAUUGCUAGUACAACCACCAAAAUCACUACCAAUGAAUGUAGCAGUAGUUUACGGUACUAUUUUUCAGGCCUACUACUAAAAGGAAGAUAAAAUAUUUUAAAAUUUAAUUUUUUAAUAUACCGAAUAUGCCCCUCCUUAUUCUCCAGCAUCAUAUUUUAAUUAAAAAUAAUAAACAGUGAUUAUAGUGGUUAGUACGGUGCUAACUCCAAUGAAGUUAGCACUCUAACCAGUACCCUAAAAUUGCGGAGCACAAAAUCCAAACAGGAUGCGGAUUCCUCCUACUAGAGGUUCAAGGGUAGGGAUGGCAAUGGGUCGGGCUGGUGCGGAUAGUGCAUAUCUGUUACUCUACCCAAAGUAGUUCGGGUUUUACCCAUACCCAUACCCAUUAUAGAAAUGGAUAGAAAAUUAAAACCAUGCCCAUACCCGUUCGGGUUUCGGGUAUCCACGGAUAUCCAUGGGUAAAAAAAUCUCUUUAUAACUCCAACAAAUAUGUUAACAUUCACACGUAUUCUCACAUUAUAUAAGAGGAAAAGCACGACAAUUAUUCACUAGAAUGUAGAAAAUUAAUUAAAACAACACAAUUGCAUACAAAUGUUAUAUUUAUAUGCUAAAUAAAAAAUAUGUUAGAGAAAAAUAAUGAUUUUCUAGAUAAAAUACAUGUGCUUGUGUAUAGUCGGGCGGGUUCGGGUUGGAUAGUGCCCAAACCAUGUCCAUCCAUUACCCGCAAUAUUCGGGUUCGAGUUUUACCCAUACCCACAAAAAGUCCUUCGGAUUCGAGUUAUACCCUACCCGAUUAGGUCGGAUUCGGGCGGAUAUUCACGGUUAUGGAUAUUUUUGCCAUCUCUAUUCAAGGGGUUCAAGAGUUUCCGAAUCAAAAUCGGAAACUGAAUUCCUCAUAUUCAGGCCUUGAUUCGCUCCAAAUUCUUCUCAAUAAAUACCGGACCUCCCACAUCCGAUCGUCCCCAACAGAACCCACAACUACAAAACCCUAACAAAUCCAUUCCAAUUCCUCCAGCAGCCAUGGCGAUCCUCACGGACGUCGAUGAAACGAAGCCCCAACAAACUCAGGGUUCUCCUCCUCCUCCAACCAAUCACCCGCAAGAAAAGAACAACGAAGCUGCGGCGGGGAAGGAGGAUAAGGAAGAGAAACCCACUUCCCUGCUUCCAAACGCUGGCAAUGGGCUCGACUUGGAGAAGUAUUCAUGGGGGCAGAGCCUUCAAGAAGUGACGAUCACCGUCCCAGUUCCUCCGGGGACGAAAUCAAGGCAGGUAUCGUGCGAGAUCAAGAAGAAUUCUCUGAAGCUCGGGCUCAAGGGCGCGGAUCAGGCGAUGAUCAUCGACGGCGAAUUGUUCGGUCCAGUGAAAGUGGGCGAAUCUUUCUGGCAAUUGGAGGAUCAGAAGAUCGUCUCUGUUCUGUUGACGAAGUCGGACGAGAGGAAUUGGUGGAAGUCGCUGGUGAAGGGAGGGCCGGAGAUUGACACGCAGAAGGUGGAGCCGGAGCCGAGCAAGCUGAGCGAUUUGGAUCCGGAGAUGAGAUCGACGGUGGAGAAGAUGAUGUUCGACCAGCGCCAGAAGCAGAUGGGUCUCCCCACCAGUGACCAGAUUCAGCAGCAGGACCUCCUCAAGAAAUUUGAUCUCUCCAAGAUGAAGAUGGUCGACAAAUUCAGCAACCUGCCAUAAGAUUUUUAAGAUUCCACCGCCGCAGUUUAUUGCUCUCUUUUCUGUAGUUUCCUUUCCAUGUUUUGAAGAACUUCCUCUGCUUAUAUGUAAUGCUUUUCUGACAGUUUAU